CUCAUCUCCAAGCUCCUUAUACACUUUGAUCGGGCUUGUCUGUCUAAAUAGCCUGGUAUCUAUUGGAAGUCGAAGGAGAUCAAGAAAGAACGACCAGAUUACUAGAGCAGCAACCUCUACCUAGCGAAUCUCGAUCAAGCUAGUCGUGGACGACAUACUACAGGACCACCGAACAGGCCAAUUAAGGACGACGAGGGCUACAUUUGUGAAACUGCGCAUCGGGAGGUGAAUCGUACGAGGUGAACAGAGGACCCGCCGUACUUCACACUAUGGCGUAUUACAAUGGUGUGCAGCAUCAACAGCACGCACAAGCGGCCCCGCAACAGCAGGCAUACAAAGGUCCUACACCUCCGAUCAGCCUUGACGAAGCUACCCCUCAUGAACUGCAAUUAACGGAAUCCCUCAAGACCUUUCUGAAGGUCGAGAUGAACGCGUAUGAGACGGACAAGGAGUCCAGAGUGAGAGAGAGCGUGUUGGGAUCGAUUCAGACGAUCGUGAAGGAUUUCGUCAAGGAGGUGUACAUGAGGCAGGGAGUUUCGGAAGCACAAGCAGUAGAUGCGGGAGGAAAGAUUUAUACAUUCGGUUCUUAUCGUCUCGGUGUACACGGACCGAACUCGGAUAUUGAUACACUUGUCGUGUGUCCGAAGCGAGUGACGGUAGACGACUUUUUCACGGUGUUUUAUGAAAAGCUGCAGAAGGAUAUUUCGGCAACCGAGUUGACGCCGGUAAGAGAGGCUUUCGUGCCAAUCAUCAAGGCGGUCAUCAAAGGAGUAGAUAUCGAUUUCGCGUUCGCAACGGUGAACCGGGAAAAGGUCCCGGUCGAUCUCGAUCUGACUGAUGACCGAAUAUUGGUUGGGGCCGACGAGAGGAAUGCGAGGAGUCUGAACGGUAGUCGGGUAACAGACUCAAUGUUGAACCUGGUACCGGACGUAGAGACAUUCCGAGAUACUUUAAGAGCAAUCAAAGUUUGGGCCAAGCAGCGAGCGAUCUAUUCAAACAUCCUUGGGUUUCUGGGAGGUGUGCAAUGGGCUUUAUUGGUAGCCAGAACGUGUCAACUAUACCCGCGAGCGGCCCCAGCGGCCCUGGUCCAACGGCUAUUCGUCGUGUUCCGGCAUUGGCGUUGGCCGCAGCCGGUGAUUCUCAAGAAGCUGGAAGGGAGAACAGGAGUUGCCGGAACUCUGAAUCUGAAAGAAUGGAAUCCUGCAAUUUACCCCACCGACAAGGCACAUCUGAUGCCCAUCAUCACCCCUGCUUAUCCCGUCAUGUGCGCCACUCAUAACGUUUCGUCAUCAACGAUGAGCGUGAUGCAGAGCGAGUUCGACCGAGGCGCCGAGAUUUGUCGGAAGAUCGAGGACGGGACGGCUGCUUGGAAAGAUUUGUUUGCGCCAUCCGAAUUCUUCGACAAAUACAAGUGGUACCUGGCCAUCAUUGCCUCUACAGGGACCGAGGAGGCUAUGCAUACGUGGUCUGGUACGGUCGAGUCCAAAUUGAGGACUCUCGUGGUCAACCUCGAGCAGAACACGCCGAUCAUCCAGGUUGCACAUCCUUGGAUCGAAGGCAAGUCGGCGGUGCAUGUUUGCCAGGGAGAGUUCGAGAUCCGACAAGCCGCGGCAGGGAACGGAGGCGAGAUUCCGCGCCGGACCGAAAGCGAGGAAGGUGUUAGCAAGGUGUGGACGACGACUUUCUACAUCGGUUUGGGUCUGGUUAAACCAAAGAAGUCGGAAAACGGCGAGAAGCAACAGAUGGACAUCUCCUAUCCAACGAGCGCAUUCAUUCGAGCUGUAAAGGCUUGGGACCAGUACGAUGAACCAAGUAUGGGCAUUACCAUCAAGCCCGUCAAGCAGAACCAAUUGCCCACCGAGUUGCGAAGUCACAAAGCCGGUCAAGGGACAGCCGAGAAGGAAAACCGAAAACGAAAGGGCGGAAAGCAAGGGACAAGUACGCCUGAAGGACGAGCUCAAGACGGGCAAUUGAGACAGUUCAAGCGGAUGAGGUCCAACAAUGAGCCCGGUUUCGGCUUGAUGGGCGCGCCAGCUGUUUCGACGGCCACCAAUGGCUCCAGCAGUCUGCCGCCAUCUUCUAUGGCCGGUUCGAUAACACCAGAAUCUGGUCUAGCUGGACAAUCGGCAGACGUAAACGCAAUGGCGACCGACUUGAGCCAGCAAGAGAUGGCUUCGUUUGCAUCUGCAGCUGCGGGUGUGACGGACCAUUUGAACAACGAGGGCAAGCUUGUGUUGCCACAUCAGCAGGAUCCGAAUCAGAUCGGACUUCCCGUCGUCCAGUAAAGCACUUCACAUCACCGCUCCAAGUCAUUUCUGGAUCGCCGGCCAAUCUGAAUCAGCAUUUUCAAGCCAUCAAUUUUGGGAACCUUUGACGCCACCCCUCAGCAUGUCAGGACAAAUCAGUCUAGAGGUCACGGCCUCAUCUCCACACUUUCCUCUACCGCCCUCCCGAAUCAAAUGAUACUCUCCGGUAAAAUCUUCUUUCAACGCCUAACGAAAUGUCCCGAGCUAGCUACCAAAAAAAAUUGAUUCUGUUACCGAAGACCUUUCUAACCUAUGUAUCAUCCAAUAUCUAGCCAGUUGUCGCAUGGAUGGCAUCUAUCUGCACGUGA